AUGAUCGCCAGCACUCAGCAAAGCAUGCCCUCUGACAUGAAUGGUGUGGCUUACCAUGGUCCUCUGCGUAACUGGAGAGGCAUUGGGAUAGCUUUGAUGGUGAUCCUGAUGAUCAUAUCACUGGUCAUCCUGUCUAUCAUCAUGCUCACUCAUGAUCAUUCUCUUCAUUCUCUUCUUCUCCAGCGCUCCCGUCUUACUCUGGAGGACCUGGACAAAGACGAUUUCAAAGUUCAUGAUGCCCAUGUGACCUGGCUCAAUGCCUCUGUAGAUGAUGAGGUGGCCUUUCGCACCAGGGAAGGGCACAUCCUAAAACACAGCCUGAGUGAGAACCUCACCAUCUCUCUGCUGGGCGGCAGCAUCCUAAAUCUGAAUGACACAAAGUUUCAAGUGUCACCAGACCAGAAGUAUAUUCUGCUGGCCUACAACUUGCAUCUGGUGUUCUCAAAAUCAUUUUCAGCUUCCUAUGUCAUUUACAGUGUGGGGACAGGGGAUUUUCUUGAGCUAAACCCACACAGAGUGAAGCCAUCUGCGCUUCAAUAUGCCGCAUGGGGUCCCCAUGGAAAUCAUUUGAUCUACAUCUUUCAGAAUAACCUCUACUACCAGCCCGGUGUGUACAGUGAUCCUGCACGUCUCAGCACUACAGGCAGUGGGUCUGUUAUCAACGGGCUGUCAGACUGGACAUAUGAGGAAGAGAUCCUCCAGACGUACCCUGCCUACUGGUGGUCUGGAGAUGGGGUACGACUGGCGUACCUGUCCAUCAACAACACACACACACCCUAUGUGGAGAUCCCUCGUUUCACUGGAGGGCCAUACCCCACAGGAGUCUACUAUCCAUACCCUAAGGCAGGAGAUAAUAUCCCGGCAGUUACUCUUUACGUGGUGAACGUCUUCAGCCCUGCUCACACUCUGAGGAUGACUGCUCCAGUCUCACUCAAAAACAGAGGCCAUUACAUCUCCAUGGUGAAAUGGACCAGUGGGACCAGGCUGGCUGUGCGUUGGUUGAACCGGGUCCAGAACCAGUCUGUUCUCUCUGUGUGCGAGGCCACUACUGGAGUCUGCUCACAGAAACGCAAAAUGACCAUGGAUGUCUGGCUAGGGCAACCACAGGAGGCACCCCUCUUCUCUAGAGACGGCUCCGUGUUCUAUGUCACUCUGCCUGUCGCACAAGGGGGUCACGGAGAUUAUCGACACAUAGCUGUCCUCCCUACUCAGCCUUUGACUACCCCCAUGUCUCCACGAUUCCUGACAUCAGGGCACUGGGACGUGAUGUCGCUCUGUGGCCUGGAUGAAGAUGCAGAGAAACUGUAUGAGGAAUACUUCAUCAGCACAGAGGCAUCCAAACACAGCAGACACCUUUACAGUGUGAACCUCUGGGUUUUUUCUCAGAGACACUGUCUUACCUGCACACUCUCAGAGACCUGCCGCUUCUACAAGCCACAGUUCAACCCCAGCCUCACUCGCGUUAUCCUCCACUGCUUGGGCCCUGGCAUCCCCAGAGUGACUGUCCACAGCACCAGAGAACAUUUCAGGUACAAGGUCCUGGAAGACAACAAGCCUCUGUCUGAGGCCCUGGAGGGAAAACGGCUCCCCAUCACACACUACAGCACCAUUACAGCUGACCACUACGAUAUCCAUCUAAAGCUGGGUCUACCACAGGGGUAUGAAGAAGGCCUGCAUCCUCUCCUCAUCAUCGUGGAUGGAGCCCCUGACACUCAGGCAGUCACAGACCGUUUCUCUCUGGGCUGGCCCCAGGUCCUCUUCAGUAUCCACGGUGUAGCUCUGGCCUGGGUGGACGGUAAAAGUGGGGCGGCACACGGCCUGAGGUCACCUAACCUUGACCCCAGGAAACUCAGCUCCCAGAGAGUCAAAGACCUGCUGAGCGUAGUAGAGUGGUUGUUGGAGUUGCCGUACAUUGACAACAGAAGAAUUGCGCUGUAUGGAAAGGCAUUUGGUGGACUUCUGACAAUGAAGAUGAUGGCAGCAGCCAACAUAUUUAAAUGUGCUGCAGUGAUGGCUCCAAUCACAGACUUCAAAAUCUACAAUGCUGCUUUUUCUGAGAGAUACCUGGGUCUUCCAGCCACUCAGGAGAGCUUCUACAAUGCUGCCUCUUUGCUGGAUGAUGUGGCCAAUCUGAGGGACAAGAACUUCCUCCUUUUACAUGGAACCGCAGAUGCACAUGUCCACUUCCAGCACACUGCCGAGCUCAUAGACCGUCUGGUGUCAGCAAAGGCCAACUACUCUCUGCAGAUUUACCCUGACGAGGGCCACGUUUUGAGACGGAGCCACAGUGUUCAGCACUUCCGGUGCACCCUAGCAAACUUUCUCCAGGACUGUCUGGCUCCUAUGCCCCCUCAAAAGUCUGAUGGACAAGAGGAUGACUGAGAGCUACCCUCCCAAACAUUUACAUCCAACAACAAAACACCAAACAUCAUACUUCCAUCCUUUUGACCUUGAGGAUUUUGCAUGAGGGAAAUGUGAAAAGGCAUGUAGUGUGAAGGGAAAGUAUGCUCUGAAAUGUCUCAUGUUGAGUAAAGUUUGCAUUUUUGUAUUUAGAUAGCUGACUAAACUCCACUCCAUGGUGAAGGAAGUUAAACUUCCUUGGAGUUUAGUCAUCUAGUAUUUAGCAUGACCCAAAUUGCAGAACCUGAUUAUUGCAAAGAUCUUUAAGAAUUUGUUCUUGUUUCCUAAGUGCAUUUGAGAUGGUAAUAAAUAGUUUGAAGUUA